UUACAGAACAGCCAAGGACCUCGAUAGAAGACAAACAAUCACGCAGGUUGACCGGCAUAACGGAGUUAACCGACCUGAGUUUACGAGGUAAGCUAGCGAAGCCCCAUAAUACCCAGGCGGAUUAUUAAAAAAUAUAUAUAUUGUGAGUGCUCUUGAUGACUCGAGAAAUAAUUGAAUUAGAAAUCGGCUUUGAAAGCAGCUUUUGUCCCCCCUCCGAGAUUUACCUAUACAAUGACCCUCCAGGGUAGAACAGUAAAUACUACAAGUUAUUUACCUUUUCAAUGGUUAUCAACUAGUGGGCGAUUCGUAUUUGAGGAUUUUACGAGGCAAGAUUUAAUUCCAUCUCUUGCUGAAAUCUUCAAUUUGAAUUUUGCCAUGUCUUUAUUUUCGAUGUAUUAUUAAUAUCGCAUUUAUUUGUUUUGCUAUGUUUGUCAUCGAAUUCAAUGAAAAGUACAUAUUUGUCGAGGUCGUACAAUUAGCUGGCGAAAAUUGCCCGAACUGGGCAGUAAAAAUUGUUUUCGAAAAGAACAAUCUUUAUGUUGAAGGUGUAUCUCAUACACAGUUUCAGCCCUCUGUAAUAUACAGAGUCGUGCAAUUAAUUUUUAAUUACAAGCAACGUUUGAAUAAAUGAUUAAGGGCAGAGUAAACUGGUAAUUACUCUCGCAAAAAAAAGUGUUUCGGUGACUGACUUUGUAACAUGAAAACGGAGCCAAGAUGAAGCGACAUUCAAAAUCGUUAGAUCGGCGAGAUAAUCAAGCAACUCAGCAAUCAGCUGCUCUGAUAAAAAGUGGUGUUGAUUCACUAGUGCCUAUCUGCUUCCCUUCAGCUUCUUUUAAUCAUAAUUUCAUAACACAGGUCAUGAAAACGACGGACCUGAUAAUAUCACGUUAAAAAAAAGAAUAGAUAUCAUAUUUUGAAAAAUGUGUAUGAAAAUGAUAGCAGGUUUUUAUGGUGACCUUGAGAGGUCGACCUAGAGAGUUAGUAUUUUCAGUACUGUGCAUGCCAUAAGCUGCUUGGUCAGCAGGCAGGCAGAUGGAAUAUAUUACUUGCAAUACCGUGUUUUACUACUGUUAUAAACAGAUACAUUCGUACAUCCCAUCUGGAUAGAUUUUCACUGGAUUUAUCAAGUUGUGACAAAGUCGCGUAUCAUUUACGUUGUUCACUCUAAAACAAUUUCAGUUCUUUUUCAUCUUUUGCUACUUUUCCUCCCGCUAAAGUUGUUCAAGGACUUGUUUUAUGCAGAAUUGGAAUUCAGAUGCAAGGAAUGUAUAUAGAUUUUUAGGUCGUAUGGCAGACGACCGCUAAAAAGCCGUAAUUCGUGUUUACGAGCUCAUUAAAUUUCAGGCUGAAUUACAUGGCUUACAAAUAAUUAACUUUAUACAUAAAUAAUAUCUUUCCGGCGUGAUAUAGUAUAGUUUCCUUCUGGGUUCAGCUCAAAGACCUCAUGUUUACCCAGCUACAGGUCAGUUCACAAUAUCACAAAGGCAAAACAAACACAUUCAAGGCCAAUGUUUUCUUCAAUGUUUUGCAUCGACUAAAAAAAAAAAAAUAACAUCCAGCUUUAGCCAUUUGCUACAUAGUGACAUUUGGUUGGAGUAAAAUCUUCGUCUUGAAAUCUCGAGUUUGUGUGCGAGAUCGUGAUUGGCCAAGUGGAGCGUGACGGAACGAUACAUAUAGCUCCAAAGGUUCAUGUGUAUUCUCUGCUUUCAUUUCAAGGAACUGGUAGAUAAAGACUUCACUCAGACAAAAUUAAAACAUACAGUCUAUCAGUUAACUCCACUCAUUGCUUUAGAUAUACCUAGAUUUAAAUGUGAACCCACCAUUUGUCACAGGGUUAAGUCAAUUAUAGCGCCAGAAAUUAGCCCUCGUAGAAGACUUGUUUUUUUCAAGCCAAAAUAUCAGGCUACAUAUCAAGUUCAAUAUUGUUUUAUCGAUCUUGUUUUUGUUUCUCUUCUGGCAACUGCAUGCAUUAAAAAAAGCAGAAAUCUCUUCUGCCAACUUGGGAGAAAGAGGGAAAACGGCAUUAAACGAAAUGUGCGUGAACGCAUUUCUGUAGUAUUGUACAUGACAGCAAUAGUGUGAGAAACGUAUCACUACAUGCACUGUGGUCCUAGCAUAGCAGUCCUUGUCAAUGCCUUGCUCAGCUUCAUAGUCUUGUGAAUAAAAACUGGAUCAUUGGAUAAUGCAAUUCAAGAGUGUUUAUUAGUUUAGCGAUCAGGGUGUAGGAUCACUUGUUAUAAAACUUGGGUUUAGUUUAGUCUAAUGUGAGCUCCUAUUGGUUAAUUUAUGAUCUCGUGGCAAUGGCUAAACCUAUAUGUCGCCCGCUCUCCCAACAACCAGAGGUUACUUUGACUUCUUCUUGCCGUUGUUACUUUACAUUAAACUCCAGCUAUAUAACAAAACACUUAAUUACUGGUCCCGAGAAUCGCGAAACAUCGAGAUUCUUGAGAAAACAAAAUUGUUUCCCUCAGGGGCAAUGAUUUAAGCGUAUACUACAAAUAAUAUAGGCAUACGCGUAAUUCUUUCGGACAUUUUUAUUUUAAUUUUCUAUAUUUUGGGGGCGUUAAUCCUGAAAACAGUUGUUCCACUCGCGCUUGUUGGAUAUGAGAUGAUUUAAGUCAACUCGGCGCUACGCGCCUUAUUGGCUAUCUAUAUUUUUGCUCGCGCGCGAUUGGUGUAAACGUGUCACGUGACUGAAUAUGUCCUAGCUAAAACUGGGGAGUAUCCGAGUGAAAUACCUCAAUUUUCUAAACUGCGCGGGUUGAGAAAAACAUUUGAAGUCAGGUGAAGUAUAAUAAACAUGCCCUCCAUUUGGCGCGAAAAUAUGCUCGGAUAUCUGUUCUUGGACGUUAUGUGUUUCUCAAAGCUCACAGUUUUCCUUGAGCUACGCUCGGACGAUAUAAUGUCCGCGGUCAAAUGUCCUAACAUAUUUUCGUACGAAAUCGAGGUUAUUGUUUAUAUAUCCAACGCGCGCUCGUGGAAUAAUUGUUAAUUUCUAUACCAAAUCCAUUCGCCAGUUAUUUCUCAGACAAGACACAUGGUUCAUAGAGGCACUGCAGGGGACUGGUUUGAUACCAGCUAGAGUUGGAAAGGGACAAAACCUCCAAAUAAUGGGACAAACCCAACAAAUCUGAGAUUAUGGAUGGUAAAAUGUUAUUUGUACCUUGGGGAACAACGUGGUGGAAAUGAAAAAAAAAAAAAAAAAUUAGAAGGAAGCCAGGGUCAGUAAGAUGGCUGGUAAGUUGUCUUGAGAAGAAUUUCAACUGAGGCUUAAUUCAACAGAAAUAAAUUCCAGGCUUUUGUGUUCUGUACACCUGGAAACGUGUAAUAAAUUGACUAUUACUGGUCCUAAAGUGUAUGCAAGUUAUACAGUCUCAUAUGUACCCAGUAAAUGACACCCAGCUUACCUCGAGCCAACCUCGUUCCCAGGGUCUUUUUUCCCCACCCCCAAGCCAGGGAAAAGACCCUGGGAACAAGGUGGACCUCGAGCCUCAUGUGUCAAACAGCCAAGGGAUCCGACGAGAACCGAUGUCAAUUCGGGAACAUUUCGGACAUUUUCGGAAAGAUUCGGCUAUCUUCGUUUUAUUACGAGAGAGGAAACGUCUGUUCGGAUUGCGUUUGUGAAAAUUUUGGAAAAUCUGGUGCUGGAGGUAAAGACUAAAAAUUUGCAGCAAUCUUUCUUCUCCUGAUAAUCUAACGGCUUAUAAUAUGACAGAAAGUGUCAGAAAAUAAACGCACGUCUUCUUAUGUUAGUUAACAGUGCUCACUUUACAUCGAUUGACUUUAUUUAGCUGACUAAAUAAAACUCACAUGUUUCUCAUAAAUUAUUGAAGAUUGAAGGCACAAACCAAGUUGAACGCUACGUUUGAAUACAUAUUUUAAUUUUCUGUCUAUGAAUCGUCGGCAACUUAUUUCGGGCCAUUGGUAAAGUGUCACUGGUUUUUAGAAUUACUGGAAGCGGAAAGAGAUUCUGUAAAAUGAUCUUCAACCGGGAAGAUUCGUCCUAAUAAGGAUUGAGGCAGCUGAUUUCCUCGCCAAUGAAUAUUCAUUGAGCCCCCGAGCAGACAGUUAAAACCAUCUGCCUCAGCGGAUUGCACAAAUAAUUCUAUCUUGAGUUGAACCGAGCGGUCUUUUAAGGAAGACAAUUUAGCGAGUUCAUGAUCACAGGGGCUCACUAAGUACACACGUCGAAGCGAGUGGUCGCCGUUGGUUUGCCACUUUGGAGACAAAAUGCCUCAACACAAACCUGGCGGAAAGAGCGACAAACGGCAGAAACCGUGCUCAAGCGAAACGUUAAGUUUAUCUGAUGUGUACGAAGGCGCCCUUCGUAACGUGUUGGGAAUACAGCUUCAUCUGACGCUGGAUGAUCAACAGUCGUUUACACAAGACGCCAUCAAUGAUCUCCUUUUCCGUGACAAGCCCUCACCUGGUCAUCACAGGGGGCUACGACAGGAUCAGAAGAGGAGAAACGAAAACCACCAAAAUGGUCGCCAAGGCGACGAAAACAAAGACUUGAAAAACCCAGGCUCCUUCCAAGGUCGUACGUUUUUAAGAGACCCCCGGAGAGUUUCUCCAGGAGGCUCCGCAUUCCAUGUCCCUCCAAAAAAAGCACGUGUAGACGAAGACGUGCCGUACCCCGAAAGGGGAUUUCCUGUUGAUCACUUUGGCAUUGCCCCAAGGAUGAACUUCCCGCCGGACUAUCCAAACUCCUUUCCUUCUCCGAAAGGACCCCCGGGCAUUUACCACCGACGGGUUAACGCGCCAGAAGCCGUAAGGCACGUUUACGGAACAAACGGAAUACACAUCCCGUCACCUCGAGAUCGUUACGCGCUAUGGCCGUUCGGGCAUCAUCGGGAUAUUUCUUCGGUGUUUCCGGUGCGCUGUUCGUCAGUUGAAAGCGACCGAAUGUUUCAUCACGGGGUUCUAGAGGAGGAAAGGCGACGAAAUAUGGACUUAGCACGUGUAAAUGGGUUUAUGCACGGCAAAACAGUCGUUCAGGUUAAAAACGAAAAGGAGACGAAAGACGAAAUCGUCAAACGAGACCAAAAACCAAGUCCCAUCGAAAGACGGAGCACUUCGAUUCCAGGGAAGGAGGCAGGACUUGAGCGAGGAAUGGAAAGAGAGAAGCUAUCGCCUUCUUCGCCAAAAUCCAAGCCGCCUAACGCUUCAUUGACUUCAUAUCGAUCAAGUCCCACUAACGGGGCUGUAGAUUUUCGAAUGGAGACGCGCUAUCGCAGCGCGCUAAGAAGACUUGAAUCAAGGAGAGAUGGAAAGAGAGGAAAAGGCGAGGACGCCAAGGAGGAGUUUCUUUUCAAAUUGGGACUGGAGCGAAUCGAGGCUUGAGACUAGGAAUUGCAAAUUAAAUACGACGUCAGAAGUUAAAGAAGAAGUUAUGUAACCGGACCAUGAACAAUCGAUGGCCACUACUACUAAAGAGUCGAAAGAUGGUACAGAACAGUCCUUCCCUCCGAGAUUCACCUUUGCGAGACAGGAUGACAUGUAGCGCGUCAUCAAGUGUUGAAAGAAGAAUUGCGCACGAAUGCAUUGUACAGGAGAGGAGUUCGUUCGCUGACAAUGACUUAUUUGAAUUGGCAAGAUACCCCUACUUACCUGGUGGGGGACGGGGAUAAUGGGACUCUGUAAACCCCUGGGGUCCUGGGGUUUUGCUUUGCAGUCCAGAAACCAAACCUCUCUUUGGAUCCCGAAUCGAGAUAUUUAUAAAAGAAACUUUAGUAGGGACUUCAAAGGGCUCUUAGAUACUCUGAAAGCAUUUGCUUAUAACGUUGUGGAAACAACUUACCGCAAACGUUCCUUAGUGUAACUUUACUUUAUGGCAUUUUGCUGAGAUUGACAGACAAAAAGCUUUUAUCUCUGAUCCAUGUCCUUCGAACGAAAAAUUUGUAGUCAGGUUAAAAAUUCCUUCGCUUAUUAGAAUUGUUAUGUGUACAUAACAUCUAGGACGUUGCUCUCUGAACCAAAAUAAACACCUUAUAAUAUUGUUGCUAGUUAGCACCGAGGACAACAGUCCCUCUGUGAACGCUAAUAUACCUCUACUGUGACAUUAGUCCGUACAGAACAGUGAUAGUCUCUUCUUAAUAAACCUUAGCUCUUCCUUACUUGCGGUUGUUCUUAUUUAUUAUAUUUCAUUCGCAUAUUCCGUUGAUCGUCAUAGAGACAGUUACGAUAAGUCGUAUAAGAGUGACGAUAGAAAGCAGUAAGUAAGUAGUGAGUGAGUUAGGACACUUUCCAGUUGCUCGUUUUUUCCCCCUAUUCCAAAAUGAAGGGAGGUAUGAGUUUGUUUUGCACUUAAAUUACCGUGUAUACCAACGUUUUUUCUAACGCACUAACGGAUCCGUCGCGCCCGCGAAUUCCAGUCACGAAGCAUAUGCGGUAGGCAAAUCACAGUAUAUAGAGCGUUUUCUUAUAACGUCACGGCAGUGAUAUUGCAUUUUGGUGUUCUAAGACAAUGAAACGGCGGCCAUGUUAGUGUAUCAAACCAGUCUUGUGGGAGCUGAACUUUUUUCAGUCUUAUGUAAACACUUCCUUUUGUUUCACUAAAUGUGCAUGUGUGCUGGCCACGUGGGUGAAAACUCUCUAUAGCCUUUCGUAAUUCGCCACUUUAGAAAAGAGAAGAAAUCUGGGACGAAUACUAUCUUGCACUUGUUUGUGGGACCUCUACUGGAGGUAAUAUGGAUUGCCAUCUUUUGUUUUGUCUUCAGUAUAAACAGUACCACAAACAACUGCAAGAUGGGAUUCACUCUAGCCAGCUUUUUUCCCUUGUUUCUAAAGUGGCGAACAGAAAAGGCUGGGAAGCAUCAGUCAAGUUAGUCCCACGGCCUUAGCGACACAGAGACUUAAAGAAGCUCGUGUUCGAGCGAGAUGACUGGGAACGACUCGAUCCGGAUGAGGUCAACCAAGUGGCCUGUUUGUGCAAAAUGGCAAAGCGUGAUGGUAAUUGUUAUUGCCGCUCAAAGCACUCGAUCAUAGAGCCUGCAUUACUUUUGGCCAGCACCCAGAACACGGACUCUGUACGGGUCCGCAAAUGAUCCGAGGACCGCAAAUGAUCCCGGACCGCAAAUGAUCCGCAAAUUGGACCGCAAAUG